UGUAUGUCAGUUCUUUCCCAUAUAUAAACCCUGUCAUAAGGGUGGAAUGCAAAGCCAAUACCAAGUCUGACAAGUCAACCUUCUUAGUGUUAACUGCUCUUGUCCUCUUGAAAUGUUAUCUAUUGUGUAUUCCUUUGUUAGGACAUCUGAGAACCCAUGGAAAUGCUAUUUUCCAAACCUGUGUAUUCCAAUGAGUCAUGCAUGCUUCUGCACUUUUAUAUCAGGUAGCUAUCUACCAACAUACUUUAUAUGGUAUCUUAAAGCUCUUUAGCCAUAGCUAAAUGGGAUGCCAUUUUGCUAUCCAGGCCUUUAUAGUCCAGCUGCCAUGGAAAGGAGAAGGUGUCAGUAAGCACGCACUCUGUCAACACUAUUCCAUAGUCAUCACCAGCGGCAGCAAUUAUUCUUUUAUUAUUAAAGGGUCUGAAUCAGCAGUUUCGUUAUCUCUCGCCGUGAGCUGCAUGCACUGCUGAACUUUACGGAACCUAAAACUGUAAUUGCUAUUUAUUAGAAGAGGACAGGCUCUUGAAGGGGAAACCCUCAUUCACAUAAGACUGAUGUUUGGCUCAGCUCUGAUGGGGUAUAAAACAAGUAGUGAUGAGUAGAGAGGGGUUAUACCCUGUGCAAACGUCCAUUGCUACCAUUAGAGGUAUCCUACAACCCUCUCACACUGACUGGUGGGCCUGAAACUAUUGAUUUAAGAGAUGAAGGAAUAUAAGAAUUAAAGCUGUUCUAGAGUUUUUGAGGUGGAAUGGCCUUAUCGCCUUCAUUUUAAAAUAGGGAAAACUGGACCCUUUCUGUCAGCCCAGGGCCCUUGCACUGUAUCAUGUUGUCAUCAGAUUUACCUUAAGACACACAUACUGUACAACAGGCUCUAGAAUCUUUUCUCAGUUUUAUCUAAUUUGAUGACUCAUGGUUUAUAUUCUUCCUGCUUCAAUCAAUCUAUUGAAAAAUAAAAAAAUGAAAAGUAGUGAAUAUUAACACCCAUCCCUUCCCCGUCCUAUCAUCCUUCACUAGAACUUUCUGAGGAAAUAAACUGAAAAGGGAGGCUGUUGCAGUAGAACUCCAAAAAGAAGAUCCUUCCCAAAAGUGUUUGGUCACAGUUCUUAAUACAGUAUCGUCUAGACUGUCACAACCAUCCUCUCCCCAGUCAGGCUGCCCAUCACCUACCAUUCCAGCAGGUAAAGUCAUUUCUCCAUCACAGAAGCACAGCAAGAAGGCACUAAAACAGGCUCUAAAACAGCAACAGCAGAAGAAGCAGCAGCAACAGCAAUGCAGGCCAAGCAUGUCCAUCUCCUGCAACCAGCCUCUCUCCCUGAAGACUGUCAAAGCAACCAGUGACUCUGUAUCUGCCAGGCCUGCAAUGUGGGAAGGAAAGCCAUCUGAUGGCCAGUCAAGCAGCCCUCAGAACUCAAAUUCUAGCUUUUCUUGUUCAGUUCAAGUGGAAAAUCCCUUGCUAGGCUUGGGGAAGAAGUCAUUCCAGAGGUCUGACAGGCUCCACACAAGGCAAAUGAAAAGGACUAAAUGUGCUGAAAUUGAUGUUGAGACACCAGACUCCAUUCUGGUUAACACAAAUCUACGAGCACUGAUCAACAAACACACCUUUUCAGUCCUUCCUGGAGAUUGCCAGCAGCGACUGCUUUUACUCCUUCCAGAGGUGGAUCGUCAGGUUGGUCCAGAUGGUCUGAUGAAGUUAAAUGGCUCAGCCCUUAACAAUGAGUUCUUCACUUCAGCAGCCCAAGGCUGGAAGGAACGACUCUCAGAAGGUGAGUUUACACCUGAGAUGCAGGUGAGAAUUCGACAAGAGAUUGAGAAGGAGAAAAAAGUAGAGCCAUGGAAAGAACAAUUCUUUGAAAGCUACUAUGGUCAGAGUUCUGGCCUGAGCCUUGAGGAUUCAAAGAAAUUAACCGCCUCGCCCAGUGAUCUCAAAGUAAAGAAAACCCCAGCAGAGCAACCAAAAUCCAUGCUUCCUUCAGAGGCCUCACCUGCCAGUACAGUCCCAGUGAUUCACCAGUUAGAGUCUAAAGAAGAAGUGGCACAAGCACCAUCCCCAGUAAGGAAGGAAGAGCAUGAAAGCCAAGAUCUGGUGCCGCCGAACUCGAAGCCCACAGAGCCCCUACUGUCCUCAGCAAGCAAUACCCAAGAGCUUGGCGGCACUGUUCCCAUCAAGUGCCCUAAGGAUGAUGAGCUCUUGGAGCAGAAGCCAGUUGCCUCUGUUGAACAGGAGUCUGAGAAAGAGAAUCAUCUCACUACAGUUUCUAAUUAUAACAAAGAUGAAAGCCAAGGAGCUUUAGUUACGUCCCCAAACAAACCCAAGAGUCCUGGGGUGGAUAAGCCAGGAAUGAAGCCCAUAGUAGAAACAGGUCCACAGGAGACCAGUAUGAAAGAACCUCCAUCAGCUCUGACCGAUCACAGCCCAGAGAGCCUUAAGAGGAAAUCUUGUCUCCUCCAAGAAGAGGCCCCUGUGAGCUGGGAGAAAAGGCCGCGUGUCACUGAGAAUCGCCAGCACCAGCAGCCAUUUCACGUCUCGCCACAGCCCUUUCUCAGUAGAGCAGACAGGAUCCAGGUGCGAAAAGUACCGCCUCUCAAGAUCCCUGUCUCCAGAAUCUCCCCCAUGCCUUUUCCUACAUCGCAGGUCUCUCCCAGGGCUCGUUUUCCAGUCUCCAUCACUAGUCCUAACAGAACAGGAGCCAGAACUCUUGCAGACAUCAAAGCAAAAGCCCAGCUGGUCAAAGCACAGAGGGCAGCAGCCGCCGCCGCCGCCGCCGCUGCCGCCGCCGCCUCGGUUGGAGGGACCAUUCCAGGACCUGGCCCGGGGGGUGGACAAGGUCCAGGAGAGGGUGGUGAAAGGAAGCCUGCUAGAGGAGGGAGUCCAGACUCAGACAGAGCCCGUGAACCCGGAAAGGGCCCCGCACUGGAAUUGGCAGGAACUGGAAGCAGGGGAGGUACGAGAGAGCUUUUACCCUGUGUUCCAGAGACUCAGCCCCAGUCUGAGACCAAGACCCCAGACCAGGCUCAGCCUCAUAGUGUCUCUGGAGCACAACUACAGCAAACCCCCUCAGUGCCUCCAACACCUGUCAUCAGUGGAGCACGCACAAGUGUCCCAUCACCAGCCCACACUCACGCACCCCCACCAGCUGUAGGGAAACUGAGUAAUGAAAAACUGAAUCCCACCAGGGCAACAGCCACAGUGGCCUCUCAUACCCACCCACAAGGGCCCAACGAUUGCAGACAGGAGAAAGCGCCUUCUGCUCCGACAGAUUCUGCUCUCCUCUCUGGUGCCUCGCCUGUUCGUUUCGCAGCUGACGGCACAGUUGAGCCCAGAGUAGGUUCUAGUAAGAAUAUACCAGACCCUUCAGCCUCAGCAGAGACAACUGCUAGUACAUCAGUGGAUAUGACUCCCUCUCCUUUAACAUCUUUAUUAACAGCAGCCACUUUAGAAAAGCUUCCUGUACCCCAGGUCAGUGUGACUGUAGCACCUACCGGAUCAGCUCCGUCCUCGAGCACUUUGCCAGUAGCUUCUAGCCUUAAAACUCCAGGAACUUCUUCAAAUAUGAAUGGACCCAUUUCAAGGCCAAGCUCUAGUAUCCCUGCGAAUAAUCCUUUGGUCACUCAGCUGCUUCAGGGCAAAGAUGUUCCCAUGGAGCAAAUUCUGCCCAAACCUCUCACCAAAGUUGAAAUGAAAACUGUUCCACUGACCACAAGAGAGGAGCCGGGGGUAGGAGCCCUCACAGGCACCAACGCAACAGAGAUCAGCAGAGAGGAAGUUAGUGAGAGGCAGUCUCGCCCAGCUCUACAGCCGCUGGGUAAAACCUUGCAAAAUAAGCAGCUCCCCCAGGUUCCAAGAUCCCUCCAGCUCUUGACAGGUAAGGAUCUGAGGGACUCUAGCAUUGACACACACCAAUACCAGGAAGGACUAAGUAAAGCCACUCAAGAUCAGAUCCUUCAGACUCUCAUCCAGAGGGUUCGGAGGCAGAAUGUUCUCCCAUUUGUGCAGCCCUCCCAGUUCAGCUUCACUCACUCAGGUUUCCAGUUAGACGAUAUCUCCACAAGCCAGAGGUUCAUGUUGGGUUUUGCUGGCAGAAGGACAUCAAAGCCUGCAAUGGCAGGUCACUACUUACUUAACAUUUCCACCUAUGGCCGGGGUUCAGAGAGCUUUAGGAGGACCCAUUCUGUAAACCCUGAAGACCGUUUUUGUCUAAGUAGCCCCACUGAGGCCUUGAAAGUGGGAUAUACAGACUGUAAAAAUGCAACAGGAGAUAGUAGCAGCGGCAAAGAAGAAGAUACUGAUGAGGAAAGUACUGGUGAUGAGCAAGAACCCAUCAUGGUGAAGGAGGAGCCCCAGGCUUCCCAGGGUUCUGGCAAGUGUGAAGCAAGUUCAGGACCCCACAGUAGAGAGACCCCAUCCACCAAUGAUUGUUUAGCAAAAAAGAAUGUGAAGGCGGAGACACCAGUGCAUGAGCAAACCACUUUAAGCAAGGAGAAUUACCUGUUCCCUAGAGGCCAAACAUUUGAUGAAAAAACCCUAGCCCGAGAUUUUAUUCAGGCAGCACAGAAACAAAUAGCUCAUGCAGUGAGAGGGAAGACGAUGCGUAGCAGCCCUGAGCUUUUCAGUUCUUCUGCUCUCCCUCUGACUGCAGACAGUCCCACCCAUCAGCCUCUCCUCCUUCCACCACUGCAAACCCCAAAGCUAUAUGGAAGCCCCACACAGAUUGGGCCAAGCUACAGAGGCAUGAUCAAUGUCUCCACCUCGUCUGACAUGGACCCUAACUCUGCUGUACCGGGGAUGCCUGACUGUAGCCAAGUAUCUAGCAACGUAGGUGAUGUCAUGUCCUUUUCAGUGACUGUCACUACUAUCCCUGCUAGCCAAGCUAUGAAUCCCAGCAGCCAUGGCCAGACCAUUCCUGUUCAGGCCUUUCCUGAAGAGAACAGCAUAGAGGACACACCUUCGAAAUGUUACUGCCGAUUGAAAGCCAUGAUCAUGUGCAAGGGGUGUGGAGCGUUCUGCCACGAUGAUUGCAUCGGCCCCUCUAAACUUUGUGUCUCCUGCCUUGUCGUUCGGUAACGAGACUAGAAAGAGAACAUGCUGUAAAGGAGGCAGGAAGGGAAGGGUUGACGAGAUGUGUUUUUUGCAUCCUUUGGGAAUCACAGAAAUAAAUAAGGAGGUUUCAGUUGUCUUGAGAGACAAAUGUUACUUAAUCAGGAAUACAGAGUGCAGAUCUUACAUUUUAGAGGAAGAGCACCUUGUAUAGUAAGUCUAGGUCAAGUAAGACUUUGUGAAUUUGUGACAAGUUUGCACUUACAAAAUCAUGUAAAUAUGUCACAUUUUGUUUUAACGUUUUCCAGCUGUUUAGGUAAUGAUGUAUUACUUUAAAUUCAGAUUUAUGUUCUGCUUCAUGUGACUCUGAGAAAACUUUAAUGCCAUGCAUGGUUACAGGAAGCUGUCUCUCUUCUGUCCUUUCCUAAGUGGCCAGGAAAAGGAAGGAGUUGAAGGGAUGGUCUGGAGAAAUGACCAUUCAAGCUGAUUAUGUCAUGACAGUCUGACUGCAGGCUUUACAUGGAUUAUUCAGCCUUUGCAGAAUCUGGAGUCAGGGUUUGCUCAGUCCCUUUAUCUUAGACAGGAAGAACCUUCUUAAGUUCAAAUUUUUGAUAAGAUGUUAAUUUCACAGGUAGUAUCUCAGACUCCAAAAGCUCUUGACCUGGUUCUUGGCUUCCACAAACCCGUGCUGUUGCCAAGCUCUCUGCUUGCAGUUUGUGGAUCCCUGCCCUCAAGUCCCACUACCCUGCCCUGAGACUGUGAAUGUGGCCCAUAAAGGAGAUGCCUCUCCGGGCCCCUGCUGUUACUGUCGCCUGUGCAGGGCAGCAGUUCCGGCAAUAACAUCCAAGUACUUUGUCAGUCGUGGAGCUUACAAACAGGUAGGAAAUACUAGGACAAAAGUAACAAAUAAUAUUAAUGAUGGGGUGAUUUGAACUAUGUGUUUUGUUGGGCAAAGGAGUAAAAGUGCAGAAAUUGUUAAACUGAACAUACAGAACUUUGGAAAACGGUUUUAACACUAGAAACAAGGUAGUCUUUCUUUUCCUCUUCUUGCCCAACCCGUUCCCUGAUGUUCUGUAGUCCUGCUGUCGCUGCAGGAAGAAAAGCCCUUGGCUGUCACAUUUGCUCGUUCUGUUAAGCCUGUUUGGACCUCCCAGGCAUCUGAGGAGUAUGGAAGAACCUUGUUCUAUAUGACUCUGAAUACAGUGUGCACGCAUACAGUAAAAGUUAGACACUUUUCCUGUUUGAGAAAACCUGUCCUCUAUUUUGGAUUACUGGUAUCUAUGCACUAGAGAUUUCUAAUGUAAAGGGGCCUCAGUAAAUGGCUAAGGGAACAUCUAGAAAGGAGAAAUUAGCUUCACAGUUUUGUUAUUUGUUUUUGUUGACUUUUUUUGUUUCCUUUUUUAUUCUUUUAAAUCUUGUCUCUAAUGACUGAAGAGUUUUUGAGUACAUAUAUUUAGGUCAUGGUUAAAGAACAUUAGAAUAAAUCUACAGUUUAUCAGAAUUUGGUAUCGAAGAAUUGGAUGUUGUCAAUGUGCAUCUUUUGCAUAUUGAUUUUAAGUUUCCUAAUUUCAAGUGUAUAAAGUAAAAAUAUUAUUGCAACCUAGUACACUUGUGGUUGUACUUAGUAUUCAGGAUGUGAUAUUUACCAUACGCAGAACAGUGUAAACUUAUUAAGUCACAUUCCAGAUUAGGAGAAAGUAGACAGUAACACUCUUCCCCAUUCUGUUACCCAUUCCCCUCCUUGCCCCAUAAUAUACAUGCUUGUAAUACUUUUGAACCCCAUAAGAAACUUACUGCUACACUAUUCUUCAGUUUUUGUUUUUGUUAAUUUUUUGCUACCCAAGGCAAAUAUAAGAUUAAUAUCUGUGUUCCAGUUUCAGCUGAGACAAUAGGAUGCCCUCCUAACUUCCCGUUUUCUUCAUGGCUUAAAAAUAUGAAGGCUGCAAGGAUACAGGGGUAAGGAUUAAGUUCUCCAGCCAAGAUCCAGUAGGAAACAGAAACCAUGCUUCUGUUCCCCAGACUGUCAGUACCCUGGACAGUCCAAGGGAGGGAGUUCAAAGCACAUAUUGCUGGGUUAGACUCCCCAUACUUAGCUUCUUCACUCCCCAUGUCCGUGCCAGGACCGAAGGCGGUCUGUGCGCUGGAAGUGCCUGAGUGAUUCAGAACGGACCCCAUGCUGAACGUUAAUUACCAGUUUGGAUUGAUCAACGUGAGUUUUCUUCUUUGCGCCUUUGCUGUCAUAGAAAGUCUCUCUUCCAUGGUUCUCCUAAUCUGAGGUUGGACAGACUAACCAGGAAAGGAGGAAAAGUAUCAGGGAUUUUCAAGUCCACUUGGAGAGCAGACCGUAUUGUGCCUCUUCAUCUUGACCAGGCUCUUGCAGAUAGGCCCUAAGCAUUAUGAUUCCCCAGAUUCUCCUAACAAAUUAUACUCAGCUAAUGAAAUAUUUGCAUUUACAAAUGUCCCUAAAACAGAAUUUGUCGUCUAGGUACACUGUCUCAAUCUUGACAGAAUGAGAGAAUAGAUUCUCUUGGGUUGGUAGUAAAUUAAAUACAAUCCAUUUGUCAGUUCGUUUCAAAACAGUGGUUUCAGGUAGAAAGUCAUUUUAAGAGCUGAACAGAAAAGCAAGAGCAACAAUCCAACCGUAUUACAAUCUGACUCUUUUGAAAAUGAAGCAGGAGGAACAAGAAAGAUCUGUGUGUUGUUAAGAGCAUGGGACUCCAGUACCUUUAAAGCAGUUUUUAUCUUAGGUUUUCAGAGUUGCUUUACCUUUCAGUUCAAUCUGAAAGGUUGUGGAUAAGUGCUAAGCUUAUUUUUGUGGUAUGUAGUUGCACUAUUUCCAGUGACUAGUCAGGCAUUGUGCCUGAUGCUUAUACCUCCAGGGUAUGCUUCUCAGCCUUCAGAUACCUUCCUUUGUAGGUCACCUUGGGGAGAGAGCAUUAACAAUAAUCAUCUCAGUCUUACUUAAUGAAUGUUCUGAGUUGUCUAGUAGAGAAGGCUCCCUGAAUCUUAAAAAAAAUUUUUCCAUGAAAAUUCUCCAGCCUAUUAAACAAAAUAAAGCCAAAUAACCUGGAGUGUUUGCCCUACUAUUCCUUAAACCCUGUGCUCAAGAUACUGAAACUAUAUGUGAUGUCCCAUGUAACAUUUCUAAGAAUAAGAUCUGGCAAAUGGGACGUUUUUCUUGGGGUAGGGGAAGCAUACUAGCAUGGGCUGGGAAGGCACCCAGAUGUAUGUGUUUUAGGAAUUCUCUCAGAUUUAAAUAAAUAGCCAAAGGAAGACCUCGUUGCCUUCUGGGUGAAGGUGUAAAUUCACAUGUAUUAAUGACUCGACAGUGACCAUCCUAAUUGCUUAUUAAUUGCCUUUCUCUACCUUAGAGUCCUUAAAGAACUGUUCGGUGAAAUGAUUUGUUAUAAUGAGGGGGUCUUCUCUGGUCAAUACACCACUAUUUAUUUCUAGAACUCACUGUCCGUGAGCAGCGCCAGGGUUUUCUCUGUGACCUAGAGGUUUCACUUUCACAGCAAGGAGGGAAAAGUUCCCAUUGCAUUACAACAACGUGCUAAGUAAAAAAAACUUGGCCAGUGGUAGCUUUCAGCUCAAUUUGUAGAAUAGUCCAAAGAGACUCUGAGAAACAUGAUGAUAGGCAGGGAUCUUUCCUGCCAUGUUUCAGUACCUACAUACCUAUUGAAAGGGAACAAUAGGUGAAACAUUUCCUAAAGUUGAAGUAAGAGCUUCAUAGAUUCUUGGUUACUUUAUUUUUUUUAAUGCUUUACAUUUGAUACAACUAUUAAAGAUCAAUUUUAAAAAUAGCUUUCCAGUAAUAUAUUUUAAGUAAUAUAUAUUUUAAUAUCUAUGUAAAAAGUGACAGUGGAAGACUUUGAAUUUCUCAUAUAUGGUAUGUUUAAUGUAGGACCUCACUGUUAAGGCACAAAUUAUUACAAAGGAAGUUACUCUAAAGACACUCAGAUUAUUUCCGAGAAAUGCAAUAAGGGGAAUAGUUUUGAAGUUUAUUUUUUAUUUUAAAAGAAAAUCAACUUAUUUACCACAAGCUAUUUUUUUUCCUUCUGGCUUAUAAGGUUUGUACAGACUGGUUUGGUAAAUGCUAAACUUUUGUGUCUUUUGCCUUUUUAAAGGAAUUGUUAACAUUGGAAUUGAGGGUAUGUACAGAGAAGUUGGUGUCAACACCAUUUAAAAAGUCAUAUUUUUUCACAAAUAUAGAAAAAUCAUUUUACAUAAGAAUUUUAAGUAUUUGCAAUAAAUAUAUGUAUAUAGAUUGUAUGUAUUCAUAUAUUCUUAUUUUUCAUUUUAUUAUUAAGUAAAAGAUAAUUAAAGUGAAAAUAAAAACCUUGGAGUUUUUGGUGAAUCUUGAGGUCUGACAUCCAUCUGAGAGCGGUGUGGGUAAGGGCCCUCAGCUGUUGCCUUAUAUUAUCAUUGGAAGAUUACCACAGAUUGUAUAGAGGAGUGAAAUGAGGAAUUUGGUGAUAAACAUAUCAGGGUAGCAUAUUUCUCUCAGAAUUCUAGUAAAAAUGUUAAAUUCACCUUAUCUGUCUGUCUCUGUUUUCACCCUUGAACUGUUCUGUCUCUUAACCACCUGGUGUUCCUGGGAACGUUCAAAACAGACAAACACAAAAACAUGGUGUGCCCACUGUUUGCUUCUAUAACAAAGAACGGUAAGAAAAUAUCUCGGGGGGAAAAUAGGUUUUUCUUUCUCAACAGUGGUUAAUGAUUCAUUAGCAAACAUUUGCUGCCAUCACCUUACAAGCAGUAGGACUACGUGAAGAAAUAAUCUCGUGAAGGUAAUUGAAAACUUUUUUUCUGUUUCCCAGUUCUUCUCUAAGAAGUGAAUUUCCUGAGCAGUUCUGUAUCCUUCCUGAUUUAUCUGGAGAGGGAGUUUCCUAACCAGUUUUAGGUCCUUGCUGGUUGAUCUUGAGAGCUAGAAGAGCUAGGAGAACUUGGGUUUUGAACUGCCCAGUGUCGGGAAGGGCAAUUAUGCAAAUACGGAAUGAGCCAAAUAUUAGGAGAGCUUAACUGCCCAUGGUGCCAUACCUACAGAUAGUCUGCAAUCCUGUUCAAGAGAAUUUUGUGGUUGCAAAUACUUGGUUUUAGGAUACGAUUGAAGGAGCAAAAUGAUACCUAGAUAGUCUUUGGAAAUAAAGGAAUCUAGCCCAUUCUUUAAAAAUGAAUAAUUUAUAGAUUUAUAUUUUGGAAAUUAAUAAGGAUAUGUAGAAUGCUUUUUAAAAGACAGCCUUAUUAUUUUUCAAAAAUUGACAUUUCAAACAUUGGUGUUGCCCAAAGACAUUGAAUAUCGUUUACCCAUCCAAGGGAAACAGCACUGUAAAUCUUUGCUGAAAAUGCGCUUUUUUCUAAAGGAAAUUUCUGAAGUCUCAGGGAAUAUCUGCAUCCUCAUAAUUCCCAUAUAAUAAAUAGGAGUGAAGGUGAGAUAUUAAAUGUGUUUACACCAGCCCAUUAUGGCCUUUUACAAAGCCAUCCCCCCAUUUCCAGUAGAUAUAAUUAUUUAAAUGGGCCUCCUACCUCACCGAAAGUAACAUUCAUAUUCAGGUAAUGACACAGGAGCCUAAAUGUAUAAGUUGAUCUGCAGUUGAGUGAGAAAGCAAUAUACCAGAACACAACUUCAGCUUGAAUCCCCAACUGUCCUUUAUUUACAUCACAACCUUAGAAACCUGUGUUCAUUGCUUUUGACACUACUUGACCAUAAAGUGGUCUUAAAUAAGAUUUUGCAUACUGUUUCUAGCUGUUUUUGUGUACAGAUCAUGUUACUCAUUCACAUAUUUCUUGGAGCUCCUACUAUGUGCUAAGCACUACUGAAGUUCAGGGUAUACAAGAGUAAACAAAAGCAGCCAUGUAAAUUGCAAAAGGUCUUCCUAAAGUAGUAGUAGCCAUGUGUGUCUAGUUAAGGGCUCAAGGAGUAAAAAUGUGCUACAUAUUUCCCAAGACAUAAUGGAAAUUUAAGUGUAAAUGAAUUACAGAGGUGAAGCAUUUGAGGCACUGGGCGAAACACAGUGGCGAGACAUGAAGAAAGAGAAGAAAGGCAUUGUCCCUAGGUGAAAUAACAGUGUGGAAGUGAAGAGCCAUGUUAAUAAAAUUUACAUUUUCUGAAAACAAUCAUUGGAAGAUGUAGAAUUCUUAAUAGAAACGUCAAGAAAUUUCUUAGUAACAUCUUAGUUGAAGAGAGAAUCCCUUUCAAUUAAUUCUGGUCAGUGCAUCAGGAAAGAUGCUAUCUGUUCUUCUCAGCUAACCCUUUCUAAUAACAAUUAGGUAAAUAAUGCAACCUUCCUGUCACUGAUGUUAAAACACAAAGGAAGCUAAAGGGAAUUAAAACUAAAUCUUGAUUUUCGUCUUGUAGUCUGGUGAGAAGGAAAUAUAUCCCUUUAUUUUAUAUUUUUAAAAAUAUAAACAUAAGUUGUAUCCGUGCUUUUUCUCCAAAGUGGAUAAAAUUAGUGUUUUAAAGUUUUUUAUUAUAAUAUUGUAGAACUGGCUUUCCCCUCCCCACCCCCAUCUCUAAGUCACAGAACUUGAGUUAUAAGAAACUUCAGCAGGAUUCUAGACCUAAAAUUUUUAGCGGCCCAAAUUCCCAAUUCUUCCUUUGAGACUGUCUGGUGUUUAAAAAAAAAAAAAAGUUUUUAAAGGAUAAAUCAUUGUGUUUUGUUAGUGCUUAUUCUUGAAAUUUACUUACCAUUUAUCUUUAACCUGAAUUGUUGGAUUUGCAACUCAAAUUCUGUAUGCCAAAAUAAUCCAGAUUCACCUUUCGGUCAAGAAGGUAUUUGGUGUAUUCCACUGUGAAAUGUCUCAGCUUUGUCCAAGAAGCAGGAGGGUGGGUAUCCUAUAUUUUCACAAUAUUUGGUGACCUUAAACAAAAGAUUUGGUUUCUUUUAUAGAGACUUUAUAAACUAAAGAAUUUCUAUACCUCCAUGGAGCUUUCAGUCUUAACCUAUAAAGGGGAUCCUUGGAAAGACUUCCUUAAACUGGGAGGAGGGACUGAGCCUUGAAUGGAGAGCCAGAGACGAUCAGCUGGGCAGAUGGGCUGUGACCACAUAGUGGACUCUCCUGAAGAAUAACUUCCAACUCAAUGCCCCUGGUUCUCCAAACACAAAGAGGCUAAAGGGAAAUAAAAAACCUGAUUUCCAUCGUGACCGCAAAACCCAGAGAAUGCCUAGGGGAGAAGAAAGAUAAACCCAAGAUUGGGUUUAAAAUAGGUUUAAGUAAACUUGGGGUUAUUCUUAACUUUUUUACAAAAUAAUUUUUUUUUGUUUUUAAGGUUUUGGCUUCACAUAAUGUUACAUUGCCAUGAUUGGAACAUGGCAUUUGAUUCGAGACAUUUUGUAGGCUAAGUAAUGGUUUUCUAUUGAAUCAUCUAGUGGCAACUUUUGCUACUGAUCAGGAUUUAGGUCUGUACACCUAUCUGUUAGAUGACACAGAUGUUGCUCAUAAACACUAUUAAGCCAACUUGAGUCAACAUUGAAUUUCACUGACUUUAAUCAUGGAUCCUCUUUUUAAGUAGUUAAAAUUCAGAUUAGUCCAAUAAGAAAGCAAUGCAUUAAAUGAUAUCAAAAUAUUUGAAGAUACUUUAGAACUAUUUUGCACACAGCCUAUUUCCUUUCUAUGGAAAGUGUGGUACAAAAAAAAUGUUACUUUCUUGGGUAAGUUCUUUCUAAGAGUCAGUGUCUGAUGUUUUCAGAUACCUAGAGCUUGGACAUGAUGGAGUUGGACUUUGAACCCCAAGUAAGCAAUUCUCAUUUUAGGAUUUCAGGCAGUAGCAAUUUGAAGACUCUGGUGACCCCAGCUGAACCUGUAUGUAAUCACUUACCGCAAACUUUAAAUUAAUGAAACUCUUCCAGAGUCUCAUAUUUUGGUUUCCUCUUUGUUGCAUAAGGAGAUAGAUACUGGGCUGGGAAAGACCUGACAAUUUGCUCUUUGAUAAUAAACUACUGAUUGAAGGCCAAGUUCUUACUGAAUUCACAAAAUAUGUAGAAUCCAUGAGUACAUGACAAAUGAAACUCUAGAAAUUAAAAACUUUUAGCCGUAAGUGCUAUGACCUACUUUUUUAAAAAACCCAUCUUAGUUCUGUGAUUGCAUCACACCUUAAGACUUUCACCAGCACCAAGAGAAAUCCGAGUGGAAGAAAUGACCUUCUGUUGGUCUUGUUCACUUUAAAACUUUGUGCACAUAGGCCUUAGCACUUUGACAGAUAAAACUCUGCCUUUUAGCUCCCUCUCACUAUUGUCUUUAUUCCUCUCACUUUUAGACUGUUCCUUUUAUUGGUUGUAUAAAACUACCUUCUUCAGAAUUGAAUGUAUAAUGUUUCUGCACAUGGGCAAAUUGUAUUUUAUCUUAACGACUCAUUUAAGUUGAAUAAAGGCAUACAGUUUUACUUUA